AUGUCUACCCUUCGCGCAUUUUUGAAACGAACAGGGACGCAAGGCGGUUCGGUCGUGGAAGUCGAAGGCUCCUUCGACGGAUGGCAAACGCGGACGCAGCUCCAUCGGUCUGGGAAUAGAGAGUUUUCGGUGAUUAAAUCGUUUCCACCUGGGGUGUAUCAGUAUAAAUUUAUCGUCGAUGGAGAGUGGAUGUACGCGCCGGAUCAGCCGGCGAUGUACGACGAGAUGGGGAACGUGAACAACGUGUUGGAGGUGCAAGAGUACGUGCCGGAAAUUUUAGAUAAUUUGGACCAUUUCGCGGUACCGAGUAGUCCGAAGGAGAGUUACGACGAUUAUUUGUUUUACGGGGAGGAUUUUAGUAAAGAACCGCCGGCGAUGCCGCCGCAGUUGAAGUUGACGUUGUUGAAUAUGCCGCCGAUUCCGUACGCGCCGAAUUUGUUGCCCAGGCCGCAACACGUGGUGUUGAAUCACGCGUACGUAGAUCAGAGUAAGGCGAACCAAGGAUUGAGCGUGAUUGGAACGACGCAUAGAUAUAGGGCAAAGUACGUAACGAUAGUGUUAAUGAAAUCCUCGAACUCUCAAGAUUGUUGA